GCCCGAUGUCCUGUUCCUGCACGGCCAGGCGUUCACCUCCAAGACGUGGGAGUCCUUGGGCACGUUGGCACUGCUCGCCGGACAAGGCUACCGUGCAGUUGCAAUAGAUCUGCCUGGCUACGGGGACUCGCCCCCAGCGGAGAUGGUGGUGACGGCGCAGGGCAGGGUGGCCUUCCUGGACCAUGUCCUGCAGGAGCUGGGCAUGCAGAGGCCCGUUCUCAUCAGCCCCUCCAUGAGUGGCCGCUUUGCCCUGCCCUUCCUCCUGGUGCAGGGGGACCGGCUGGCCGGAUUCAUGCCCAUUGCGCCCGUGGGCACCAAGGAUUACACUGCAGAGCAGUACCAGCGGGUCCAGACGCCCACCCUGAUCCUGUACGGUGACCGUGACACAGGCCUGGCUCCCCAGGCCCUGCAGAACCUCCAGCACAUCCCU